GAGUUGAGUUGAUACCCAAUCAAAUCGAUGGCGGCGACGAUGGUGACCGACCCUCUGGCGGAGCUAUGGAACCACACCAUGUCGACGGACCGGACGGACCUCAUGUGCUUCUACCCGAGCAAGAUCACCAUGGGCGGCGUCUGGGUCGGCGACAACCCGCUCGACUUCUCCAUGCCGCUCCUCCUCUUCCAGGUCCUCCUCAUCACCUCCACCACCCGCGCCGCCACCCUCCUCCUCUCCCCGCUCCGCCUCCCGCGCUACAUCUCCGAGAUCCUCGCCGGAUUCCUCCUCGGGCCGUCUGUGCUCGGCCGCCUCCCCCACUUCUCCGAUCUCGUCUUCCCCAUCCGCAGCCUCUUCGUCCUCGAGUCCCUGGCCCUCUUCGGCCUCGUCUACUACACCUUCAUUGUUGGGGUUGAGAUCGAGGUGCCCACCAUCACCAACGCCGGACUGCGUAGCUUCGGGUUCGCCGCCGGGUGCGCCCUCCCGCCGUUCCUCGUCGGCGCCGUCACCGGAUACGUCGCGCUUAGCACCGAUGACUCACGCAAGGGCGAAACGUUCCUCAACAGGCUCUCCUUCCCCAUUUUCCUCGGCGCCACGUUCUCCUCCACCGCCUUCUCCGUGCUCGCGCGCACCAUCGCCGAGCUCAAGCUCGCCGGCACCGACGUCGGCCAGCUCACGCUCUCCGCCUCCCUCAUCAACGACACUUUCGCCUGGGCCGGCCUCACCGUUGCCACGGCGCUCAAACACACGCAAAGCAGCCUCCUACAGACGACGUGGACGCUCACGUCGGGCGUCGCCAUUUUCGGCGUCAGCUACCUCCUGGUCCGGCCCAUGCUGCUUCGACUGGCGAGACGCGCCGCGGAGGGGGAGGUGGUCGGCGAGGUCCGCGAGUGCUCGGUGCUGAUCGGCGUCAUGGUGGCGGCGCUAGUGGCGGACGCCGGCGGCACGCACGCCAUAUUCGGCGCCUUCGUGUUCGGGCUCGCCGUGCCGAAUGGGCCGGUCGGGGUGGCGCUGGUGGAGAAGGUGGAGGACUUCGUGGUGGGACUUCUGCUCCCGCUCUUCUUCGCACUGAGCGGCCUCCGCACCGACACCGCCAAGAUCACCAGCGUGCAUGCCGCGGUGCUUCUCAUGGUGGCCGCCAUGCUCGCCGCGGUCUUCAAGGUCGCCGCCGCGGUCGGCGUCGCCGGUGUGUUCGGCAUGCCGCUCAAUGAUGGCACGUCCAUCGGGUUGCUGCUCAACACCAAGGGGAUCAUCGAGCUCGUCAUCCUCAACAUUGCAAGGAACAAAGGGAUCAUGAGCGACCAGUCGUUCACGGUGCUGGUGUUCAUGUCGGCGCUGAUCACGGCGAUGGUGAGCCCGCUGCUCGCCAUGGUCGUCAAGCCGGCGCGGCGCCUCGUCUUCUACAAGCGGCGCACGGUCGCGUGGCCUCACCCCGAGGCGGAGCUCCGAGUCCUCGCCUGCAUCCACGUGCCACGCGAUGUCCCCGCUCUGCUCACGCUCCUCGAUGUCGUCUCGCCCUCCAACCGCUCGCCCGUCGGCGUCCACGCCCUCCACCUCAUCGAGUUCGCCGGCCGCUCCUCCGCGCUCCUCCUCAUCAACGCGUCCGCGCCGUCGUCGUCUUCCGACGACGCGUCCGCACACGGCCGCAGCCACACGGAGAUGCAGUUCAAGCACAUCUCCCACGCCCUCGUCGCGUACGCGGAGAACGCGGAGGGCGUCUCGGCGCGCACCAUGGCCGCCGUCUCGCCGUACGUGUCCAUGCACGAGGACAUCACCUCCGCCGCGGAGAACCAGCACUCCGCGCUGAUCCUGCUCCCGUUCCACAAGCACCGGUCGGUGGACGGCGGCAUGGGGGUGUCCCACCCGGCGAUACAGCCGCUGAACGGCAGCGUGCUGCGGUUCUCGCCGUGCACGGUGGGCAUCCUCGUCGACCGUGGCCUCGCCGCCGUGCCGGGUGCCGGGUACCGCGUGGUGGCGCUCUUCUUCGGCGGGAGCGACGACCGCGAGGUGGCCGCGCUGGCGACACGCAUGGCGAAGAACCCAGCCAUCGACCUGACCGUGCUCCGGUUCGUCCAGAAGGGCGGCAGCUUCACGGCGAGCGAGUUCGACGCGCUGAAGGAGCGGAAAGCAGACGACGGAUGCCUGCGCGAGUUCCUGGACAGGGCGAACGAGGGCGGCGGCGCCACGGUGGAGUACCGGGAGCGCGGCGUGUUCAACGCGAACGAGAUGGUGGCGGAGAUACAGAACGUGGAGGCGAUGGGGAACAAGGACCUGUUCGUGGUGGGGAAGGUGCCGGGGGGGUCGGGGCUGACGGCGGGGAUGGCGGAGUGGAGCGAGUGCCCGGAGCUGGGGCCGAUCGGUGACCUGCUGGCGUCGAAGGACUUCCAGACGACGGCGUCGGUGCUGGUGCUGCAGGCGUACGGGAGGCCGGCGGUGGUGGGAGCGGUGUCGGUGGACUUGGGCGGCGAGAGCGUGGCGCCGACGGAGAGGUCAGCCAGUGGGCGCAGGCCAUGGGCGCGGUCUGCUCCUUAGAAAUAUAAUGUCUCGUAAUGUAAGACUUUAGCGUAUCCUAAAUUUAUAUAGAUAUCAAUGAAUUUAGACAUAUAUAUAAACAAUAUGCAUUGGUUAAUACAUAAAUCUAAACAUAGCUAAAACGUCUUACAUUACGAAAAGGAGGGAGUAUCUUUCUAAUCGAUCUUCUGCUUGUAAAUAAUCGCAUAUCAAAUCACUUUAUACAUAGUAGUGUUUAGCAUUAUCAUUCAUUAUAUACU